GCUGAGGCAGGAGGAUUCCUGGAACCCAGGAGUUCAAAGCUGCAGUGAGCUGUAAUGGUGCCACUGCACUCCAGGCUGGGAGAGAGAGACACCCUCUCUAAAAAAAAACAAUAAAAGAAAGACUUGGCCUACCAUGUAAUGGCCCUCAAGCUGCCCCCAGAGCUGCUGUCUGAUUCUGAGCUGUCACUCAGUUGAGAGUUACUGGGGUGUAUGUGUACUGAUGGUGGGGGGAGUGAUUAUCCCUUUAAACAAUCACUAGGGGAGGGGGUUCUGGAACCCCCUGCCUCACAGAGACCCAGCCUCCCUCCCCCCAUCUCUCUGGGCUCUGUUUGUCUAAGGAGACCUGGGGCCCUGGGUGUGAGUCACUUAGGUGGGUGUAUGUGGAGGGGUGUCUGGGGAGGGUACUGAACAGGCUGAAGGGGCAUUCUGCUGUGUGGGAGGUCUCUGGGAAGACAGGUUGCUCACGGCAAAGCCUGUGGUGAAGGUCUCAGAGGCCUCUCAGGGGAAGUCUCAGGGUCCCCAGUAAGGAGAACAAGGGAGGAGAUUGUGGGUCCCCAGAAAGGGUUGUUGAGGGAGGGGCCUGGGGCACCCGUGGAACUGAAGGAGGGGGUCUUCAGGUCCCCAGAAGCAGGGGCCUCAGGCAGGAGUGCUAGGGGAGAAGUGUGGAGAAGGCGGGCUCCUAAGCUGGGGGCCUGGGGUGGGAAGGGCCUCGGCCCAUCCUGCCCUUGUGGCCCCCGGCUGCAGCCUCAGUGGCAUGGGGGUGAAGCGGAGCCUCCAGAGCGGGGGCAUUCUGCUCAGCCUCUUGGCCAACGUCCUCAUGGUGCUCUCCACGGCCACCAACUACUGGACUCGCCAACACGAGGGCCACAGUGGCCUGUGGCAGGAAUGCAACCACCGCGUUUGCUCCAACAUCCCCUGCCAGAGUGAGGAGGCUCGGCCCGCCCUGAUGUCAGACGGCACUUCAGACCCCCAGGGCUCGGGACACAGGGCUGGGCCCACCGCAAGGCACCCGCCACUUCCAUCCCGUGCUCAGAUGCAGCUGUCCCUCCUCGACCGAGGCAGCCACGAACCCCUCCCUCAGGCUUGUGGGCUUAUCCCCGAACCCCUUCCCAUCCCGGUAGCGGCAGUAACCGCAGGUCCUGAUGUGACCUCCAAGGCCCGGUCCAAACGCCUGACUCCAGGUCGGGGAAGCCGGACUCCAGGCCAAGUACCGGGUGGGGGGAGGAGCCAGGAGAGCUUCCGGUUGCGGCCGAAGCCGUCGCGGCUGGGGGCGGUCCCCGCGGGGGCUGAGGCGCCCACUCUCCUCAGCCACGCUGGCCGUGACAGCGGCGUGCAUGGUGCUGGCGGCGGGCUUCGGCGUGGUGGGCAUGGUGUUGGGACUGUGGAUUCGGUGGCACGAGGGCGAGUCGCGGCGGGGCCAGACCACAAGCGCCUUCCUCUUCCUCGGCGGACUGCUGCUGCUGACAGCCUUGAUAGGCUACACGGUGAAGAACACGUGGAAGAACAACGUCUUCUUCUCCUGGUCCUAUUUUUCUGGGUGGCUGGCCUUACCCUUCUCAAUUCUCGCGGGCGUCUGCUUUCUACUGGCAGACAUGAUCGUGCAGAGCACCGACGCCAUCAGAGGAUUCCCCGUGUGUCUGUGACCGUAUCCUGCCUGGGGCAGAAUAAAGGAACGGCUUUUUUUGUUUUUUAGCGCCGCGGUUCCGCGUGCUUUUGUGGGGGUCGUGGGGACGCAGGCACGGGGUUGCAUAGAGGCUCAGGGAGGACUCAAGGAUAUGAACCUAUAGGGAACGUGGUGACACGAGUGACAUGGAUUGGGAUGGGAACAGGGAC